ACCAAACGCUGUCAAACUCAAAUCCACGUGUCGUUCCUUAUCAGUUAAAAGUUCUACGCAUCGCAGACUUCACUGUAUCGAAUAUGUUGGCCACACACGCGCCACCUUCCUUGAUAAAGCCUCUCUUCUUCAGCUUUUCCUCUUCAUUAUCUACUCUCUCUGCGACUCUUUCACCAAUCCCAUCCACCAAGCUUCUAAACUUCCGUCCUCGUCGGACCUCAUUCCGUGCACUCACCACCAUGGCCGGGACCAAAUCAGACUGCACCGGCUAUUCAUCGCCGGAACACGUCGCCGGGAACUGGUAUUCUGUCCCGGACCUCCGACUCCGCGACCACCGAUUUAUGGUCCCUCUCGAUUAUAAAGAUCGUGAAGCUUCUUCUAAAAUCUCCAUUUUCGCUCGCGAAGUCGUUGCUGCUGGGAAAGAAGAGCAGCUAAUGCCAUACCUUUUAUACCUGCAAGGUGGGCCUGGUUUUGAGUGCCCUCGACCAACUGAAGGCAACGGAUGGAUACUUAAAGCAUGCGAAGAAUUUCGUGUUAUACUGAUGGAUCAGAGAGGAACAGGUUUAUCAACCCCUUUGACUCCAUCAUCUAUGCAGCAAAUGAAGUCUGCCCAAAGUCUGGCUGAUUACUUGAAACAUUUUCGAGCUGACAGUAUUGUCAAUGAUGCUGAAUUCAUCCGUGUUCAUCUUGUUCCUGACGCCAGGCCUUGGACAGUGUUGGGUCAGAGUUAUGGUGGUUUUUGUGGGGUUACUUAUCUGAGUUUUGCACCACAAGGAUUGAAACAAGUGCUUUUAACAGGAGGGAUACCUCCAAUGGGGGAUGGAUGUACUGCAGAUGCUGUAUAUAGUGCUUGCUUUGGACAGGUUAUUCGUCAGAAUGAAAAAUACUACAAGAGGUUUCCCCAGGAUGUAGAAAUAGUUCGAGAUGUUAUUACCUAUUUGGCAGAAUCUGAAGGAGGAGGGGUGCUUCUUCCUUCUGGGGGAAUCUUAACCCCAAGGGGGCUGCAAUUUCUUGGUCUAUCUGGUUUAGGAUCCAGUGCUGGUUUUGAACGCUUGCACUAUCUGUUUGAGAGGGUAUGGGAUCCUAUGUUAGUUCCAGGAGCACCAAAACGGAUUAGUUCAUACUUUUUGAAUGCUUACGAGAGCUGGUUGGCUUUUGAUACAAACCCACUUUAUGCUAUUCUCCAUGAGUCAAUAUACUGCCAGGGUGCUUCAUCACGGUGGUCUGCUCACAGAGUAAGGGCUGAUCAUGACAGCAAAUUUGAUGCAAUCAGGGCUGCAAGAGAAGGUCGCCCUGUGCUUUUAACAGGGGAGAUGAUAUUCCCCUGGAUGUUUGAUGAAGUUAAUGCUUUGAGGCCUUUCAAAGAUGCUGCUCAUUUAUUGGCUGAGAAGGAAGAUUGGCCUCCACUGUAUGAUAUCGCUGCAUUGAAAAAUAACAAGGUACCUGUAGCAGCUGCCGUAUAUUAUGAGGAUAUGUACGUUAACAUCAAGCUGGUCAUGGAAACAGCUUCUCAGAUAGCAGGAAUUAGGUUGUGGAUAACUAAUGAAUACAUGCAUUCUGGGCUCCGUGAUGGAGGUGGACAAGUUUUUGAUCACUUGAUGGGGAUGCUAAAUGGGAAGAAGCCUUUGUUCUGAUUUCUUUGUAGAGAUAAUUUUUCUGCCAAUCAAAAAACAGCUAUCGGGAACUCCUCCGACACCCGAAGAAUUCCCCUGAAGAAUUCAAAAAAAUGAGGCCUGUGUAUAUUAUGAGCAACCAACUUGUUUCAGCAUUGAGCUUGUAACUGCAUCUUUAUAUUGACUGUUUAGUUCCUGUCUCAUAUUAGCAAUAACCCUCUUUUUGGAUGUAAUUUUUGAGUUCUGUCUCAAGUUUAAAUUUAGUUUGUAAAAACAAAGUGAAUGUCUUCAAUUUCUUGGAGACUACUGAAUUGGAGUUGUGUAAGGGUAUUACUUUGCUGAGCAACUAUCUCAAGGCCGACAGCCAGAGUGAAGUUAAUCAUUGAAUUGGAAGCUAUUUAUCAGUUUUU